AUGCUUGCUGCGCAGGCAUCAGCUGCUCACCCUUUGCGGCCAUGGCAAGGAACAUCUCCAUCUCCAGGACUUGGUGCAUCCCCGGCCUCAGCCAGCCAGCCUGGCCGGCCCAAAGUGGCGGGUGCAGCGCUCGUGGCUGUUGCGCAUUUCCUGCGACGGCCCAGGAGGUGUAUGAGACGCGUGCUUCAACCAUUUGCUAUUGAGCCCAUCAACCCCUUCGCAGCAGAGAUGCAAGCUAACAUCAAAGCGCUAGGUGGUAAUGGCCUUGGCUUGCUUGAUGCCGAAGGCGCCGGGAAAGAGCUCUCUACUUGCCUGGAGUCUUCUGGCAUGGAUCCCAGCGAGGAGAACAGACAAAAGUGGCGAGAGUUCUGCUACGGUUUGGAGAACUUGGGAGAGUAUUGCUCCGCGGUGUUGAUGGAGGAGGAAGCCCUGAAGUUCACAUCCAGCGCUGGCAGGACUCUACCACAGAUUCUGUCUGAUGCUGGGGUGAUGUCCGCUAUGCGGGUGGACCAAGGCUUCGUUCCGCUGAACAGCUUUGGCGAGAAAGCAACUGAAGGAAUAGUGCUGCUUGAGGAACGCUGCGAGGACUUCUACGCGUCUGGGGUAAGGAUUGCUAAGUGGCGGACGCAAGUUGAGUGCAACCUCGAAAUGCCCACCGACGUGAGUGUUUGGGAGAACACCGAUUGUCUUGCGAGAGCCGCGCGGGUUUGUCAGGAGAAUGGCUUAGCCUUUAUUGCAGAGAUCCAGACAUCCCAGAACACAGGGAGCCACUCAAUGGAGAGGACUUCUUACGUGUGCGAGAAGGCGACGGUGGACGUUUUGCACGUCUUCGCAUCAUUCAAAUCAACACUGACAUGCUGGCGGAGAAGCCAUGGCACAAACUCUCUAGGACCCUAG